UCCGCGAGGGGAGGGGUUUGUCUGUUUUGACCCGGAGGAAGCUCGAUCGCUGGGAGCGGGGCCUCAAACAGCGGGCGCUGCGUGUGUGUCCCGAAUUGAGGCGGCCUCUUGUGCCCAACCUGCUGCAUUCUGGAUGCCUGCUACUCUGCGAGAUGUUGGGACCGAAUGUGUGAAAAGUGGACGGAGUUGUGUAGCUGCCUCGGAUUUCCUCCUUACGUGUCUAAUUUUAGAGUAGGAUUCUUCCCUUUUCCAAAAGAAAGGCUCAAAAGAGAAGGUUCAUCUCUUGCAAAUCUCAAAGCCAUGCCUCAGGGAUCAGUGUCAUUCAAGGAUGUGACUGUGGACUUCACCCAGGAGGAAUGGCAGCAACUGGAUCCUGCACAGAAGGCCCUCUACAGGGAUGUCAUGUUGGAAAACUACUGCCAUCUCAUCUCUGUUGGGUUUCACAUGACUAAGCCCGAUAUGAUCCGCAAGUUGGAACAAGGAGAAGAACCGUGGACAGCGGAGAGAAUUUUUCCAAGUCAGAGCUACCUUG